CUCCCAUAGCCUACUAGUGUAUAUUGAAGCCCUAAUUUUCUCUCUCUAAAAUUUCCCCAAAUCAUCAACAAAGAUAUUCCACCUUGUUACCUUCAAGCAAUCCUCUGGUACGAUACUAAGCAUUUCUGAAAAUUAAUUAAUUUGUCAUUGUAUUGGGGGGAAGGACUUGCUUCGGAUAUAAGUAAAAGUUGAAUUGAUGCAAUUUUGAUGCUUUGAUUAUGCAUAGAAGUCAUAGGUAUGAUGAAUGGAGCUUUCGAACUGGUUCUUCAAAAGUUAAAAUGUUCAAGAAGUUGUAAACACAAUUAUCAAGUGUUUGCAGAUGUUCUUAAAUCCUGUGCCGCAAUAUCUGGUACCAGUUUGGGGAAAACUCUUCAUGGUCAAGUUAUUAGGCAAGGUCAUAAUUCAUGCCAGUUUGUUUUGAAAGCGUUGCUUAACAUGUAUGCUAAAUGUAAAGCUCUUGAAGAUUGUCAGAAAUUGUUUGGUGAAAUUAAUAGUCGUGAUAUUGUUACUUGGAACAUUCUAUUGUCUGGGUUUGCUGGUACACUAAAGGAUGAUAAUAAGGCGAUGCAGUUGUUUCGUAGGCUGCAUUUUGCUUGUGACCCUAAGCCGACCUCUGUUACUCUUGCUAUUGUUGUUCCAGUGUAUACACGCUCUGGUGCUUUGAGUGCUGGAAAGUGCAUUCAUUCAUAUGCAAUAAAGUCUGGAAUGGAAUCUCUGACACUGGUAGGAAAUGCUAUAGUGUCCAUGUAUGCAAAAUGUGGGCUUGUUUUAGAUGCAUCUUCUGUUUUUCAUGGAAUUGCUGACAAAGAUGUUGUUUCGUGGAAUGCAGUCAUUGCAGGUUUUGCUGAGAAUAAGCUUGUGGAUGAUGCUUUUCAACUUUUUCAGUGGAUGAUUAAAGGGCAAAUAGUACCUAAUUAUGCAACAGUUGCGAAUAUUCUUUCUAUCUGUUCUGGUCUGGGAGAGAUUGUGGGGUAUAGAUAUGCAAAAGAGAUCCACUGUUAUGUCUUGAGACAUGCUGAAUUAGGUGAUGAAGUUACUGUUGUUAAUGCUCUUUUAAGUUGCUACCUGAGAUUGGGACAAAUAAGAGAAGCAGAGUCCUUGUUUUGGAGGAUGAAGUUAUGGGACCUGGUUUCCUGGAACUCAAUAAUUGCUGGAUACGUUUCAAAUGGUGAAUGGUUAAAAGCAUUGCAGAUGUUUCAAGAGUUUCUUGUUGUGGAGAAGAUUGAACCAGACUCUGUUACCCUACUCAGCAUUCUCCCCGCCUGUGCCCUGCUAUCUAAUCUGCAUGUGGGGAAGCAAAUUCAUGGGUUUGUUGUUCGUCGUCGCGCCCUAUUUGAGGAUACAUCUGUAGGAAAUGCCCUAAUAAGCAUUUAUGCAAAAUCUGGCUGCAUAGAAGCUGCGUUCUCGACAUUUUUACUUAUUCCUAGAAGAGAUGUAAUAUCAUGGAACACCCUGCUGGAUGCAUUAUGUGAAAAUGUACUUGACACUGAGUUUUUUGAAGUCCUAAAUUGGAUGUUACGUGAAGGAAUAAAACCUGAUUCAGUUACUAUCUUAGCUGUGGUUCGAUAUUUGAGUAGUCUUUCCAUAGUAGAUAAGAUUAGAGAAGCUCAUGGGUUUUCAUUAAGAUCUGGUCUUUUGCUUAGUGGUGCUGAACCCACCCUUGCAAAUGCAUUACUUGAUGCAUAUGCCAAAUGUGGAAAUAUGGUGUUUGCAUCGAAACUUUUUGAGAGUUUAUCCAGAAAUAGAAAUGUGAUUACAUGCAAUUCCAUGAUAUCGGGAUAUGCGGCUAAUGGUUUGCAAGAUGAUGCAAAUUUGCUAUUCCAGAGCAUGCCGGAGAGGGAUCUUACAACUUGGAAUCUCAUGCUGCAGGUUUAUGCACAAAAUCAAUUUCCUGAUGAAGCUCUCAAUUUGUUUCAAGAGUUACAGUUUCAUGAACUAAAACCUGAUGCCAUGACAAUUAUGAGUAUUCUUCCUGUUUGUACUCAAAAGGCUUCACUCCACAUGUUAAGGCAGUGUCAUGGAUACGUAGUCAGGGCUUAUUUUGAGGAUGUCCAUCUAAAGGCAGCUUUAUUAGAUGUGUAUUCAAAGUGUGGAAAUAUUAAUAGCGCAUAUAAGUUCUACAAGUCAAUGCCUGAAAGAGACCUGGUUGUGUCUACGGCUAUGGUUGGAGGAUAUGCAAUGCAUGGCAUGGGAGAAGAAGCUCUUGGAGUUUUUUAUCAUAUGCUUGAGUUCGGUGUAAAACCAGAUCAUGUCAUAAUAACUGCCGUAUUAUCUGCUUGUAGUCAUGCUGGUCUUAUUAAUGAAGGGUUAAUGAUUUUUGAUUCAAUAGAGCAGGUAUAUCAUAUGAAACCGAGCAUGGAACAGUAUGCAUGUACAGUGGAUCUCCUUGCUCGAGGAGGCCAAGUCAAGGAAGCAUUUACUUUUGUAAAUCAAAUGCCUGUUGCAGCUAAUGCCAACAUAUGGGGUACACUUCUUGGUGCUUGCAAAACCUACCAUGAGGUGGAUAUUGGUCGUGUUGUGGCUGAUCACCUGUCAAAAAUGGAAACCAGUGACAUUGGAAACUACAUAGUUUUGUCAAACUUAUAUGCUGCAGAUGCCAGAUGGGAUGGGGUAUUAGAGACGAGACGAUUGAUGAAGAUGAAAAACCUGAAAAAGCCAGCAGGGUGCAGUUGGAUAGAAGUGGGAAGGAGGAAAAAUGUAUUUGUAGCUGGAGAUUAUUUUCACCCUAAUAUAAACAUGAUUUACAGCAUGUUGAGUGACCUGGAUAAACAAAUCAAAGAACUAUACAAGUCCCGAUGAUAUUUUCAGUAACUGUCAUUUUUGGAUUUGAGGAAAAUCCUGUAAGAAAAGAUGCAGAGCGGCUGUAUGCUUGCUUUUCUCCUAAAUUAAUAGGUCACUCUUCUUCAUGUAGUCAAACUUAAUUAUCUCAUUGUGGCAAUGGAUAUGGAGAGGCCUUUGGACCGAACCUUGUUCAAUUUAAAGGACAUAAUUUCUCCUACGAGUGAAUUGGAAUGUGCCAAAAUAUGCUUGAUGGGACAUCCAUGCAUCUUCGAAUAUUAAGGUUUUCCAUGCAAUGCAAAUUUUAAGAUUCAUUAACACAGAAGAUGUAGGAUGGCAUCUUGGCUGCAAGUACUUGUUUGGUUCGCUUGGGAAUCAACAUAUGCACUUACAAGAUCUCCGUACUCCAUCAGUCUGCUGGCCUAUUCAAUGUGAAGUUGCUAACCAAAUUGAGGUGAGUCUCUGUUUCAGUUAGCUUCAAGUGGAAAACUGAACCGUACAUAUUGUUACAUCUAAUUUUUAAGUUAUUCAUGUGGGUAGCUCAUAUAGAAUAGUGAAAACACUAAAACUUUUGUGGUGAAUUAUCUAUUAAGAGCUUGCUUGUGUCCAUAUCAUGUGUGUUUUAUUGUCACGCCCUGGGAUGUACAAGUAAAACAAGCGCAUGUUAGAAAAAAAUGUUUAAAAUGUCUUCUAGACUUUCAAAUGGGA